AUUUUGUUGCAAAAACUCUGUAACGUUCUGCGACAAUGUCGCCGCAAUUCUGCCACGGGGACUAUCAGAUUGCUAUUCUUCUAGAAGACAAAUAUUCUAGUUCUCAUAUCGAGCGAUGAGUUUUACUUACAAGAAUGGAUCAAUAAACAAUCAAAUAUACAAAUUCCUAAACUAACUUCAAGCAUAUCGUCAUAAUUAAAGCAACUUUCACAAAGGAAACUUAUCGAGUGGUACAAGAAUUAGCCUGGUGGUAGUGUAUUACUGAUAAUGUAAUGGUUUCUAAUUUACCAUCUUAUUACUUCGACAAAAAAUAACUUGUAAUUGACAACCUAAAAAAUAAUUUGUUAAUUUAUCUUAUAUCUUAACUUUUCGCAUUUAUUCUAUUUCAGUAUUACAACUUCACAAGUUUUGCUUUAGCUCUGAACGAAUUGCGAGAUAAUAUGGUUCAGGAACUUCCCAAGACAGACUCGAGGCUAAGACCUGAUAUACGAAAGUUAGAGGAAGGAGACGCAGAGGGAGCUGCAAUAGAGAAAUCAAGAGUAGAAGAAAAACAGAGAGAAGCUCGAAAACAAAGAAAGAAGAAAAAGGAAACCUAUAAUCCUAAGUAUUUUCAGAAAGGGAAAAAACCUUACUUAAAGGAUGAAGUAUGGCUUUUCAACAACCGAUAUUGGUCCAGGAAUUUCGAUGAUUGUCCAGAUAUAUUCUAGAAAACUUCCUCAGGUGAUGAAGAUUACAAGUUUCAACGUUAUAGCUAUAUGUGAAAGUUAGACAAAAAGAGAAAGCUAUUUUAUUUUGUUUUAAACAUAGUUGAAUGCUUUCACAGAUAGCAUGCGCUGUGUUCAAUAAUUAGUAUUCUUUGAAGAGCAUGAAUUUAUUUCAUAGCUACACAAACUACAUGGUGCUUUAUUGCAUAUUGUUGAGAUGUAAUUCUUUAAGAUAUUAUUUACAAUAAGCUAUUUUAUUCAAUGAUAGUUAAUUUGUCUUUCAUAAUUGUGUGCAUGAUUUGCAGCUGAUUUUAUGGCAAUAAAAUUUUAAAUGAAUAAGUUUAUGACAAUUAAAGAGAAUAAUCAAGAUAUGAAUUUAUUAAUGAAAUCUCAAGCUAUUAGGUUUAAUUUUAGGCUAUUUUCUUCCAAUAAAAUCUCAAGCAUUGUAAUAGUUUUAGAAAGUAUAUAUAAACAAUCAGAUUACUUAAUAAUAAUUUAUUUAUGAACUAUAGAACAAUUAUUUAAACAGCAAUUUCAGAAUACUUUCAACCAACACAGUCUAAAUUAAAACAGUUUUGGAAACUAAAGGUUAUAAAUAAGAUAUUACCAAUUUACUUAUCAAAUUUAAAGUUCCAAGCUUUUAAUAAAAAGAAAAAAAAAAUAUUUUCAGUAAAUGAAAAUGAA